AAACAUACAAGAAGAAUGCAGAAUCCAGAGAGCAUCGGAAUCGGUCAGUCUGGAUUGUUGUCCAGCAUCAUGUGCAACGGAUGCAACGUCGAAAGAAGUCCGAAGGCAUUGAGUGAUAUGGCGAUCGCGGAUGGAACGAGCCUCGCCAAGAGUGAAAUCGGUCCGCAAUUCAAGUCGGUUUCACCGAUUCCCCGCGGGGUGGCGUCACGGUAUAAUCGAAACUCGCAGAAGAAGCCGUACGAGCAAAUGGCUAGGCUGAACCCAACGACGGCGCUUCCGGUUUGCCGGCUUCCGGUUGGUGGGCAGAUUAUCCCGAGCGUUCAGGAGUGGAAUCUUCGGCUCGAUCAGGGCAGCGACAAGGACUCGGAGAGCGGUGCGAGCGGCGUUGGCGUCGGCGUUGAUCCGGUUCCGCAGAAUCCUCAGGGCAAGAACGAGGACUCGAGGACGCCACCGCGGCAUCGGAACCGCCAGAAGAAGCCCUACGCACCGACGGCGACGACGAAACCCGGUCAAGGGUCACCCUCGUACGUGGGGGUGGGCGAUCCAUCGUCGCCGAUGAUAAAACCGGCAUAUUCGUACAUCGCCCUGAUCACAAUGGCGAUCCUUCAGUCACCGGAGAAGAAACUCACCCUCAGUGGCAUCUGCGAAUUCAUUUCAAACCGGUUUCCAUAUUAUCGAGAGAAGUUUCCAGCCUGGCAGAACUCCAUCAGACAUAACCUAUCCCUCAACGAUUGCUUCCUCAAGAUACCAAGAGAGCCAGGAAACCCAGGAAAGGGGAACUACUGGACUCUUGAUCCCGACGCCGAGGACAUGUUCGACAAUGGCAGCUUUCUACGUCGCAGGAAACGCUACAAACGUCCGCCUCCGCACUACAUCCGGGAUCGCGCCAUGAUGGCUUUCGCCAUUUGUAACGAACGUGGCGGCGCUUGUGCCGCCGCUGAUAUUCCCGGGGCGCUUCCUUAUCCCGCUUACCUUUCCCCGAUCCCGGGACUCUCGCUUCUCGAGUUUGCUCCCGGCGCCAUUGAGGCCCUGAAAUUCCGGUUCCUUGAUCCUCCUGCGCCCCUCUACAAACCUGUACCCAUUUCCGCACCCCCGAUCAGAGAGAUCAAUCCACCACCGAGGACCGUCAUGUCUCAGGUGCCGGCCACUGUUCAAGAGAAGAAAGGAAACUUCAGCAUCGAGGCACUCAUAGGUGAUCAACCGACCACCGAACAGUCCAACGGAUGGGUCUUGGACCUCAGGCAGCCCGCCGACGGAUGCAAAAUACGCAGAGCAGGUCAGGCUUCGGCCUUCUCGCGGGUUCGCUAGAAGAUCGA